UGGCAGAAGCUCUCUCAAGAUCAGCUGUUUCUCAAUGCCGAGCAUGUGGUUGGUUUCGUUGUGAAUGCCAAAAACAACAGCUGAUCGCGCGGCGUGGCAGAGCGAAAAAGUAAAAAUCUCUCUUCGUUUUUAUCGAAAUCGGCGCAGUUUCGCCUAAUUUCUGCGGUGUUUUCGUGCAACACGACUGUUUGCCGAUUGUAAAUAGGUGUAAAACAACUUAAAUGUGAUUAAUUUUGCAACUAAAUCUGGACAAAUAAAACGGCGAAAAACAAGUCAACUAAGAGAAGUUCUCUUCUUCAACGCCGAUCUUCGCUCCAACAUUUGCAACAUUGAUGGGGUUUUUUUUGUUUAAAAACAUAGUUCGCAAUUCUGAUAAAUUAUUCGGAAAUAAAACUCCAACUAGAGUUUCGCUAUUGUCCAGAUUUUGUGGCACUUCCUUGGCUGGUAAAAUGGAGAAGGUUUAUUUGAGAAAUGCAAGUGAUACCAAAGAAUUGGACAUUGUGUUUCGCUUUGUGAAUGAGAAUUUGAAAAUAAACCGGGAAUUCAAUUUCCGUCGCCAGAUGAAUGAGCCCAUUGAUGCGAUAUUGGCCAGGAUUCAGAGUAAUAUUAUUGGCAGGCUUGCAAAGUCCUGCAAAAAAUCAAAAAUCAAACCGCCGGCAGAAAUCAAUGUUAAACUUCUGAGUGACAAAUAUGGUGAAAAAUUCAAUGAAUUAACAUUUGAGGAUCUAGUCGUCACCCAAGAUAUCAGCAAUGUAAAACUGCAGGUAUUAGAUACGGUCUACGAUUUGGUGUUCAAUCCACCGUGGAUUUCAUCCCUAAAAUUUUUGCCCUCAUGCAUAUUGGCAGGAUUUGUAAUAUACCCCACCAAUGUUCAGAUACAAUUCGGAGAACGUCAGUUCAGCAAAGCAGUUUGGUUCAAGGCCAAAAAGCCCACAGACACCGAUUGGGAGGUGUGCGGAGAAGGAUUUCAAUAUCUAGUGACUCCUGAGGAUAUUGGUUACCAUUUGAAGUUCGUGGUGACGCCGGGUAAUGCACUGGGAAUGACGGGUCCUGUGGUGGAGAAGAUAACCAACUCUGCAGUGCAGGAAUCUCCCGGGCGUUGUCCAUUCCAAGAUCGCCAAAGGCACACCACGAAUUCUUUGAGCGAAUCGAAUGAAAUUCGUGUGGUGUCUUACAAUUUGUUGGCCGAUUUAUAUGCCAGUAGUGACUAUGCCGGUAGCACUCUGUUCUCCUAUUGCCCGGCAAAGUAUCUGCAAAUAGACUAUAGGAAGCCACUGUUCAUCAACGAGAUCAUCGGUUAUAACUCCGAUAUUCUCUGUCUACAAGAAGUCGAUCAGCGAAUAUUUGAUUUUGAUUUAAAGGAAAUUCUAGAACAACCGCCGUAUAACUAUCACGGCAUAAUGGCCCCGAAAGGCAAAUGCGCUGAGGGAGUGGCAAUUUUCUUUCGGAACUCGCGCUUCGAUCUCUUGGAUUCUCAAAUCCUGCAUUUGGGGUCCAAUAUUCCCGCACUGCCCGUAUUUGAAAGCCUUUGGAAUAAGAUCAAAGUUAACGCACAAUUAGCAGAACGAAUCUGUGAACGGUCCACCACUCUGCAAACUUGUUUGCUUAGAAUAAAGGGUACCGAUAACUACGUUCUGGUGGCCAACACGCAUUUAUAUUUCCAUCCGGAUGCAGAUCACAUUCGCCUGCUGCAAAUGGGAUUUUCCAUGCUAUUCGUAGAGCAAUCUAUUAGCAAAGCUAUAAAGGACUUUAACAUAAGUAGCCACAAAAACAUUGGACUAAUAUUUUGUGGCGAUUUCAAUAGCGUUCCCGAGUGUGGAAUCUACAAGCUGAUGACGGAGCAGCUCGCCGAAAAAACACUGGAGGACUGGCAAAGUAAUGCCGAGCAGGCGGUUUCGAAUGUGGAACUCGCGCAGCCUUUCAAAAUGGCAUCAGCCUAUGGGGCACCGGAAUAUACCCACUACACCACCCUCUUUGCGGGUUGCUUGGACUAUGUGUUCUACCAAAACGAUCGCUUCGAAGUUCUAAAGGUGGUGCCACUGCCAACGGAGGAGGAGUUGAAAGCCAAUACUGCGAUACCAUCGGCUGUUUUUCCAUCCGAUCAUGUUGCUCUUGUAGCAGAUCUCAAAUUUAAGUCAGAUUGAUAAAUUUUUGGGCUUGCAUAUAAGAAAAAUUAAGAAUAUCUCGGGGAUUUCUCAGCAUAAAUAAAUGUAUACGUAUGCCAAAUACUAUGCUUAAAUGU